AUGGGCUCGGCCAUGGUGUGGCCGGCGAUGGCGCUGCCACAGCUGAUGUCUGCAGACAGCGGACUCCGAGAUCGGCCGAUAACUGUGGAUGAGGCAUCCUGGGUGGCCUCUCUGCAGCUACUCAGCAACAUGGCGUUCAUUCCCUUGACUGCGGCUGCCAGCGCUCACGUGGGCCGCAAAAUGCUCGGCUACGCCACAGCAACACCGCUGCUCGCCAGUCUGAUCAUCCAGAUGUUCUCAACUUCCAUCGAAGCUCUCUACAUCGCAAGGGUGCUGGCUGCUGUGCAGAGUGCUGGCUCUGUGAUGCUCACGACGCUGUACAUCAGCGAGACGGUUAGCGAUGAGGUGCGAGGCAGCGUGGGCUGCAUGCUGCCCCUUCUGUGCAACAGCGGCAUCCUGUUUGCUUACAUCAUCGGCGCUUUCCUGCCUUACUACGUCGUCCUGUACGUGAACGUCGCUCCUGUGGCCAUCUUCUGGUUCUGUUUUGCCUUCAUGCCGGAGACCCCAUACAGGCUGGCAUCUACUCAUCGAUAUCAAGAGGCAAGAAAGGCGCUGAGGUGGCUGCGCCGUGGAAUCUCAGAUGAGCAGGUGGAGCAUGAGAUGGAACGCAUUCGGGCGUCCCUGGCUGGAGACGGCACCCAGGAUGGCGGCGCUGGACGCGUCACGCUCAAGGAGAUCUGUUCCAGAGCCCCGCUCAAGGGCUUCGCCAACGUCGCCACCCUCGGCGCCAGUGUGCAGCUAUGCGGCUCCUUAGCUGUGCUUAACUAUGCCGUCAUGAUGUUCGAUGAGGCCGGCGGAUCUGUGCCUUCCGAGUUGGCAACAAUUAUUCUAGGUGCGCUGCAGGUUGUGGGCACUUUGGUGUCUGCACUGGUGAUAGACCGCCUAGGUCGACGACCCCUGCUGUUUCUCUCUAAUGGGAUUGUCGGGACUUCGGUAGCAGUCCUGGGUGUCUACAUGUACCUCAAGCAAGAGAUGGAGGUGGACCUGUCUUCCUUUGGCUGGCUUCCUGCCACAUGUCUCUCUAUAUAUUGUUUUACACUGGCAGUUGGACUGAGCUCACUGCCAUAUGUGGUGCUAUCUGAAAUAGUGGCUCCAAGGAUCAGGCCCGUGGCCGCCAUUAUCAUGUACACAAUGCUCAAUGGCACUUCAACCAUCAUUACCAAACUUUAUCCAGCCAUGUCAGAGACAAUGGGAGCUUACGGCACCUUCUGGUUCUUUGCAGCUGUCUGUCUGGUCUGUGCUGUCAUCGAAUGUUGGUUGCUACCAGAAACCAAGGGACGACCUCUGGAGGACAUUAUCAAGGAACUUAAUGGUGCAAAGGAUGUCAUUAUCGACAGCUCCCAAUGA